AGAGGACCAGAGGUUACAGAAGGAGGACGUAGUUAAAAAUUAAAAGUCAACACCCAUGGAAUAAAGUUAAUAUUGGACUGUAUCAGCCUAGGCAAGAAGAAAUUCUCUGCCGGCCUUAAGUGUUGUUGUCUUUGUCAACACAUCAGUGGCUGUACUGAAAAUAGAAACUUGAAGUUUAUCGGAAGACAACAAAGGAAUUUAACAAGCUCACAGUAUGUGUGUAGCUUAACAAACCUUCACAAUGACGAAGCCUUUAUCUUUCAGAAUCACCUCAGCCCACUUGCUGCUGUGUGUCUUUCUACUGGGGGGUAUCACUGACUCCAGCACACCAUCAGCACCAGGUACAGUGCCAACAGGGACAAGUUCAACAGAAGCCACUUCACUGACAACCCUUUCAACAACAAAACCACCUCCUGAAAGUGUGAAGGACGUGAAGGUGUCAACACAAAAUGAGACCAGUAUAACUCUGAUGUGGGACACGGUUAACAACAUCUCAACAUACUUCCUACAAUAUAAUGACAGCGUUAGUUCGAAGGAGGAAAGUAUCAGCGUUUCUCAUCAAGAGGCAACUGUUACACAUGUGGUCUCCUCACUGACUGCCGGGACAAAAUAUAGUUUUAAACUCAUCACUGCGUUUGCAGAAGUCAACAGCACUGGAUACACAUUUGAAGCUGUCACUGCUCCUGUUAAUGCAAAAGAGUUCAAAUCAGUUGGACAAGAUGAGACCAGUAUAACUCUGCAGUGGGUAAAAGUGGAUGACUUCCUCAACUAUAAACUUGUGUACAGUGAAGGAGAGAUAAAUGUCAAUGCCUCAGCAGGACAUGAACAAGUGGCACACACAAUCUCGGGACUCACAAGUGGGACUAAAUAUGAAUUCAGUCUCUUCACUGUGUUUGAAACUGUCAACAGCAGUGGAGUAAGCCUCACUGCAGUCACUGCUCCUAAAAGUGUGAAGGACGUGAAGGUGUCAACACAAAAUGAGACCAGUAUAACUCUGGUGUGGGACACGGUUAACAACAUCUCAACAUACUUCCUACAAUAUGAUGACAACGUUAGUUCGAAGGAGGAAAGUAUCAGCGUUUCUCAUCAAGAGGCAUCUGUUACACAUGUGGUCUCCUCACUGACUGCCGGGACAAAAUAUAGUUUUAAACUCACCACUGUGUUUGCAGAAGUCAACAGCACUGGAUACACAUUUGAAGCUGUCACUGCUCCUGUUAAUGCAAAAGAGUUCAAAUCAGUUGGACAAAAUGAGACCAGUAUAACUCUGCAGUGGGUAAAAGUGGAUGACUUCUUCAACUAUAAACUUGUGUACAGUGAAGGAGAGAUAAAUGUCAAUGCCUCAGCAGGACAUGAACAAGUGACACACACAAUCUCGGGACUCACAAAUGGGACUAAAUAUGAAUUCAGUCUCUUCACUGUGUUUGAAACUGUCAGCAGCAGUGGAGUAACCCUCACUGCAGUCACUGCUCCUGAAAAUGUGGAGGCAGUGAAGGUGUCAACACAAAAUGAGACCAGUAUAACUCUGAUGUGGGACACGGUUAACAACAUCUCAACAUACUUCCUACAAUAUAAUGACAGCGUUAGUUUGAAGGAGGAAAGUAUCAGCGUUUCUCAUCAAGAGGCAACUGUUACACAUGUGGUCUCCUCACUGACUGCCGGGACAAAAUAUAGUUUUAAACUCAUCACUGUGUUUGCAGAAGUCAACAGCACUGGAUACACAUUUGAAGCUGUCACUGCUCCUCUUAAUGCAAAAGAGUUCAAAUCAGUUGGACAAAAUGAGACCAGUAUAACUCUGCAGUGGGUAAAAGUGGAUGACUUCCUCAACUAUAAACUUGUGUACAGUGAAGGAGAGAUAAAUGUCAAUGCCUCAGCAGGACAUGAACAAGUGACACACACAAUCUCGGGACUCACAAGUGGGACUAAAUAUGAAUUCAGUCUCUUCACUGUGUUUGAAACUGUCAACAGCAGUGGAGUAAGCCUCACUGCAGUCACUGCUCCUGAAAGUGUGAAGGACGUGAAGGUGUCAACACAAAAUGAGACCAGUAUAACUCUGAUGUGGGACACGGUUAACAACAUCUCAACAUACUUCCUACAAUAUAAUGACAGCGUUAGUUCGAAGGAGGAAAGUAUCAGCGUUUCUCAUCAAGAGGCAACUGUUACACAUGUGGUCUCCUCACUGACUGCCGGGACAAAAUAUAGUUUUAAACUCAUCACUGUGUUUGCAGAAGUCAACAGCACUGGAUACACAUUUGAAGCUGUCACUGUUCCCUCAAUGGUGCCUUUGGUCACUGUGACUGAACGCUCUGUGACCAGCAUAACCCUGAUGUGGAAUGUGACUGUGGACAAAGACUGGAGUUACUUUCUUGAAAUGAAUGAGGAAAAAUUGCUAUUUCAACCAAGAUCUAGGGAUGUUGUGUCACAUUCAUUCACUUCUCUCCAGCCUGGAACGGAGUAUCCAUUCAGCGUGAUCACAAUGUUCUCUGGACUCAACAGCACUGCUUAUAAAGACUUCACAUUGACAGCCAUAAACUGUGCCACUGUAACCUGGCAUUUAACUAACUCAUCGAUCCAUGGAAUGAUUGAAGGCUUGUUCACUUUUGCGACAGCCACUUAUGAAUCAAAAGAACUUCUCAGUCCUGGAGGCAGCAAUGUGUCAUUCACUGGCCUUUACCCUGGUGCAACCUAUGAGGUGUCUCUUGUGUAUGAAAGAAAUUCCAAACGAUUUCAACAGUGUAGCCACAACCUGACAAUCAUUCCUCCAGAUUUAAGUGCUCGCUGUGAGUAUUUGGCAGCUGGAUAUUCUGCCUUAAUUGUCUUGAAUAAAAUGGACGGUGUGUGGAAUGCAGUGAAGUUGGACAUGAAUGGGGAAAAUUGCACAGUGAAUAAAACACAGCAAAUCGAAGUACAUGGAUUACAACCCGCCAAAACAUAUGAAGUGUCUUUAGCUUCACUGUCCAAAGGUGGAACGAGUUCCCCACCAUUUGUUUUUUUGUGUUCUACUGAUCCAAGGGGAGUCAUUGCAGGGUCAGUAUUUGCUGUGCUGCUUUUUGGUGCCCUGGUCGGUCUGUUUAUUCUCAUUUUGCAUAAAAGACCAGAUAUUAUCAGCAGAAAAAAAGCAUUCAUUGGUGGUUCCAAACUAUCUAAAAAGUGCAAAGCUAUUUCUGUGGCGAAGUUUCCAGACCACUUCUACCAGUUAAGUGAGGACGAGAACAGGGGUUUCAGCCUGGAAUAUGAGAGCCUCAGUCCUGUUGGCACAGAGCAGACACGAAAGGAAGCUCUUCUACCUGAGAACAAAGCCAGGAAUCGUUUCACCAAUGUUCUUCCAUAUGACUGGUGUCGGGUGAAGCUCACUACAUCAAAUUCCAAUGGGACUUCCGACUACAUUAAUGCUAGUUACAUGCCAGGCUACAACAGCAACAGAGAGUACAUUGCCACUCAGGGUCCUCUGCCCUCCACAGUCAAUGAUUUCUGGAGGAUGGUCUGGGAACAAAGAGUGAGAGGCAUUGUCAUGGUAACCAACUGUACUGAGGGAGGACGGACUAAGUGUGAACGAUACUGGCCUGCAGACAGUGAGCCCUGCCUGCAUGGAGAGCUGCUGGUCACCAUGAAAUCUGAGCAGCAGGAGCCCAACUGGACACUGAGGGAAUUUUGGAUGAAACAUAACAACACCUCAGAGAAGCGCAUAGUGAAACAUUUUCACUUCACUGCCUGGCCUGACCACGGAGUCCCACAGAGCACAGAGGUCCUGAUCCAGUUCAGAGGACUGGUGCGACAGCACAUACAGAGAGAUGGAGCAGGAGUACCAACUGUGGUUCACUGCAGUGCUGGAGUGGGGAGGACAGGCACUAUCAUCGCCCUGGACGUGCUGCUUCAGCAGCUAGUGAAAGACAGAGAAGUUGGCAUUAAUGCCUUUGUGCACAAGAUGAGACUGAGUCGACCACACAUGGUGCAGACAGAGUCCCAGUAUGUUUUCUUGCACCAGUGCAUCAUGGACUGUCUGAAGGCAAAUGAGAAGACAGAAGAGAACAUAUAUGAGAAUGCAGACAUGAUAUAUGCCAAUGCCACUGCACUCCGAGAGUUUCACCAAACUGCCUAAACGAAAUGAGAUUGUCAGCCCUGUAGUCAGUCUUUUGUGCACUUAAAAACUACUAAAGAAAAAAACUUCUAAAGUCUACAAACUAUAUUUUGUUGGAAACUGUAAAUAUGAAAAACACAAGUUUUUAUUUACUGCACAGCACACUUGAUAUUUUAUUUAACUUGAAUUUUUGUUCCUCUCAUUUACCAAAUGUAUAUUAUUAUCAUCAUUAUUAUUAUGUGAGGGAACAAAAAGUCCAGAUGACUGAAGAAUGUUUUCAAAUUCUCAUGUUCAGAAACAUGAGAAAAAGACAGAAAAGAAUGAGUUUCUAUUUGUGCAAGAAAUAAAAUAUUUUUAUUAACAAAAAUACCUGGAAAAGUUUUUAAAAAGUCUGCAAACGACAUGAAAAACCCAGUACGCUGUCACAUUUACAUGUUGGUGUCAAAC